ACACUUGACGUUUUAUUAUAGUUGCGUUUAUAAAGCUGUAGUUUUGUGCAGUCUGCAUUCAUCAUGAAUCCCUCUGCUUGUAACAAACCAGGAAAAACUUUCCUUUUCACAUCUGAGUCUGUAGGAGAAGGACAUUCUGAUAAAAUGUGUGAUCAGAUCAGUGAUGCUGUUCUGGAUGCUUACCUGGCACAGGACCCGGACUCCAAAGUGGCGUGUGAGUGUGUGUCAAAGACUGGCAUGAUCCUUCUGUGCGGUGAAGUGACAUCCAAGGCUGUGGUGGAUCUUCAGAAAGUGGUUAGAGACACUGUCAAGAGCAUCGGAUAUGAUGAUUCAUCAAAGGGCUUUGACUUUAAGACGUGUAACGUGCUGGUGUCUCUGCAGCCGCAGUGCUCUGAGAUCAGCGACUGUGUGUUUGAGGGCCGAGAUAUGGAGGACAUCGGUGCUGGAGAUCAGGGUUUGAUGUUUGGCUACGCCACGGAUGAGACAGAGGAGUGUAUGCCGCUAACCAUCCUGCUAGCUCACAAACUCAACGCCAAAAUGAAGGAACUCUCAAAGACUGGAGUCUGUCCGUGGAUUCUUCCAGAUUCAAAAACACAGGUGACCGUGGAGUACCGGGAUAAUAUGGGUGCUAUGGAGCCUCUGCGUGUUCAUACUCUAGUCAUCUCAGUUCAGCACAGCCCUGAAAUCACACUCGCAGAUAUACGUCACAGUCUGAUGGAGAAGGUUGUAAAGGCCGUCAUUCCUGCCAAAUACCUGGAUGACAAGACUAUUUAUCACCUGCUGCCCAGUGGGAAGUUCCUGGCAGGUGGUCCACAAGGGGACGCCGGUCUGACCGGCAGGAAGAUCAUCGUGGACACCUACGGCGGCUGGGGCGGUCACGGCGGCGGGGCCUUCUCCGGGAAAGACUACUCUAAAGUGGAUCGCUCCGGCGCUUACGCCGCUCGCUGGGUGGCCAAGUCUCUGGUCAAAGCCAAACUGUGCCGCAGAGUUCUGGUUCAGAUCUCAUAUGCUAUUGGCAUUAGUCACCCUUUGUCAGUGUCUGUUUUUCAUUACGGCACGUCAGCGAGAGACGAGGACGAGCUUCUAGAGAUUGUUAAGAACAAUUUUGACCUGAGGCCUGGAGUCAUCGUCAAGGAGCUUGAGCUGAAGAAACCGAUCUACCAGAAAACAGCCUGCUAUGGACACUUCGGACGAGAGGAAUUUCCCUGGGAGAAGCCGAAGAAGCUCAUCUUCUGAUAGAGACAAAGAAUUUGCAUUCCUUUUGGUUUUUAAUGAUUAUGACUGUGUUUGUGUGAAUGCAUCUUACAAAUGCUUUACUGUGAUCAAAAAAGCGAGUAAUCUAAACUAUUAGUUCAUAUUCCUCAAGACGCUAAAUUAAUAAUGCAGCAUCGAAUUAACAGAAUUCAGUUAUGUUGCUGAAUUAUGUGGAAAAUGUGAUUUUUUUUUAUUUAAUUACUGUAUCUUAUGCAUCAUAUAAUGACUGUGAUGACUGGAAGCUAAAACUCAUUUUAAUGACUGUACCUUGAUUAUGCUACAGUGGUUAUUACAUCAUUUUCCUUUUUAUUUCAUGUAUAUCAAAAACAAGUGUCAAUUAAUAACACUAUUUCAUGUUUA